AUCUUAAAUUACAUAAUAAAGAAUGUAAGGAAAACACCAUGCUGGUAUUUUAAUUACUUAUUAACACUCUUUAUGGUUUCAAUAAAUCCUCAUUAUGUUAUUUAUGGAUGAUCUUUUUAACCACAUCUCAGAUUUUAAACAUGAAGUUACCAUUUUCUUUAACUUUUAAAGUGCAUAUUUUCCAACUUGUCUCACAGACGGCAGAAACAUGACGUCUCCUUCACUUUGUCCCCCGCAGGAAAUCAGCGACACGGAGAUCCUGGAGCUUACCCACAGUGCACUGGGGCGCAUGACGGUGAUCCGGCAGAUCUUCCCCAUGUGGAGGGACAGCAGCUCGCGCUGUAUGAGACACAACCACCGGAUCUCGUCUCUGCUGUGUGACCCACAGGAAGGAUACCUGCAGAACCUGGAGGUGUCCAACCUCUACCUGUACGACAGCGUGCUGAUGAUGGCCAACGCCUUCUACAGGAAGCUGGAGGACAGGAAGUGGCACAGCAUGGCCAGUCUCAACUGCAUCAGGAAGUCCACCAAGCCAUGGAACGGAGGCUGGUCCAUGCUGGAGACCAUCCAGAAGGGAAACAUCACAGGUCUGACGGGGACGAUGGACUUCAAGGACGGAGGCUCAAACUCUCACGUCCAGUUCGAGAUCCUGGGCUCCAGCUUCAGCGAGACCUUCGGCAAGGACAUCAAGAGGCUCGCUACGUGGGACUCAGUUCACGGUCUGAACGGCAGUCUGAAGGAGAGUCGCAUAGAGAACGGCAUGCAGGGAGUGACGGUUAAAGUGGUCACUUUGCUGGAGGAUCCUUUCGUCAUGGUGGCAGAGAACAUCCUCGGGCAGCCCAAGAGAUAUAAAGGCUUCUCCAUCGACGUCCUGGAUGCCCUCGCCAAAAUUCUGGGCUUCAAAUAUGAGAUCUACCAGGUGGCAGACAGUAAAUAUGGAUCUCAGCUUCCCAACGGCUCGUGGAACGGCAUGAUCGGUGAUCUCAUCAACAAGAGAGCCGACCUGGCGGUGUCGGCCAUCACCAUCACACCAGAGAGGGAGAACGUGGUCGACUUCAGCAAGCGUUACCUGGACUACAGCGUCGGUAUCCUGCUGCGAAAACCUGAAGAAAAGAUCAACAUCUUCUCUCUGUUUGCACCCUUUGACCUCGCCGUCUGGGCCUGCAUCGCUGCCGCCAUCCCCGUGGUGGGAGUGCUCAUCUUCCUGCUCAACAGGCUGCAGGCUCUGCGCUCCUCCUCUACCCAGAAUGCACCGCCAGGCCAGCCCCACAACGGCGGCGUGGGGUCGGGCUCCCUGCACAGUGCCAUCUGGAUUGUCUACGGAGCGUUCGUUCAUCAAGGUGGGGAAGGCGUGGUCGGCUCGGCGGCCCUGAGGAUCGUCAUGGGCAGCUGGUGGCUCUUCACGCUCAUCGUGUGUUCGUCCUACACCGCCAACCUGGCAGCGUACCUCACCGUGUCACGCAUGGACCACGCCAUACGGUCGUUCCAGGACUUGGCACGGCAGAUGGACGUGGACUACGGCACCGUGAGGGACUCGGCGGUGUACGACUACUUCAGGAACAAAGGUACCAACCCUCUGGAGCAGGACAGCACCUACGCAGAGCUGUGGAGGACCGUCAGCAAGAGCAACGGCAUGGACUUCUCCGUGUCCAGCCCGUCUGAGGGCAUACGCAAGGCGAAGAAGAGUCCGUACGCCUUCCUGUGGGACAUGGCGGUGCUGGAGUACGCCGCCCUGACGGACGACGACUGCACCAUCACCGUGUCGGGGAACGGCAUGAGCAGCAAAGGCUACGGCAUGGCCAUGCAGCACGGCAGCCCCUACAGAGACCUCUUCUCUCAGAAGUAAGUGUGUGUGGGGGGAGGGGCACCAAACCUCACCCGGAAAGAAAGGACGCUCUGAACCCUUUUUACCUCCGGUCUGACAUGUUUACACGGAGCUCCAUGGUGACUCGUGAUAUGUUUAGAACAUGCCUUGCGGGCGACUCGCGUGGCCCCCGCGGGCGACCAGGUGCCCGCGGGCUCCGUGUUGGCUCCCUCUGCUCUGGUUGUUUGUUUGCUUCUCGGACGCUCAGGAGUUUUAACGUUGACACCACUUUGAACACUUCUCAGACGUUAUCGUCGCCUCGAUGUGUUCGAGUGUUGAAGAUUAAAACGUUUCAGCCUCUUCGUUGCUGAAACGGCGUAAAUGAGAUUUUGUAGUUUUAUUUAUAGAUCAGUAAACGUUUGAAUCUGUUCAUGCGUGAAGUUUAUUAAUAAGUUAAGUUACAUAAAACACACGAGUGAUGCUUUAACUACAUUUUAUGAUUGAAGAAAUGCAGAAAGUUAUUUGUAAUGGAACAGAUUUGAUGAGACAGCACAUCUUAUGUUGUUAGCUCUCUUCCUGCUCCAUGCUCGUACUAAACCUGAUGGCUGCUGUGUUUGCAGAAGAUGUUGGAAACACAGACAGAAGCUUUUCUUCUCUUGUCAGCUAACAAGUUAACGAUGAAGCUUUGGGGUCUUUUGAUCCUCUUUGUUGGCGUUAAGUCUUCAUUAUCAGCCCGUAAAUUCCUGCGGAGUGAGCUAGGAGUCCGUCUGAGGCUGUGACCGCUGGCUUCAUGUCAACGAGGGGCCACUCGUCGGAUGAGAAGUGUCACGCUGACUUAUUUCAGACGUGAUGGGGGGGGGGUUAAGCGUGAGCAGAGGAAACGCCUCUCCUAAAUCAAUAAAAACGCUCCUCGCUAGAAGUCAAAUUAAGCUCACAUGAAACGAGCUCCAAGCAGAACGGAUUAUUCACGGUGCGAUGCGUCGACAGAGGGACGAGAUGCUAAUCAUUCCAUCUCAAAGGCUUCAAUCUUUUAUUCUUUAUUUUAAUUACGUCCUUCGGUCUGAGUUUUGGAGUGAAACAUCGUCUCAAAACACAAAUUGAUCCCGGUGCGAGUUUUUAAAAAGGAAUGGUGUCGAUCUUUUAGUGAGUCUCCACAUGAUUACAUCAUGAGGUAACGCAUAAGCUCCUCGAGAUCACAAGACCUUCUCAUCCGUCUCGCAUCGAUCGGCUCCCAGAAAGCAGACAGGAAGUUAGACAGAAACACCCGUCGACCUGCUGAACGGGGAGACGUUAACGUCUAACAAACGUAGUUAUUCAUGAUGAGUCUCGGCUGAUCAACAGCAGUCCUGUCAUCGCAGGUCUACUCAUGUUAAGUAGAUCUGAACUGACAACAGGUAAUCUCCACAAUAUUGUGAUUCACUCAAGCAUGCAGAUUUUAAAAUACUGAACUCGUCCUUUAAAGCUGAAGAGACUUUAGAAGUUGAGGAGUUCCAAUGUUAGCAAACUAUUUGACCUUAAUACUCAGAUAUUCUGGUCAGCCGUCACAGGAAACGGCUUCAUCCGGCUUCCUAUUAGGGAGUUUCAUUUGCGGUUUGCUGAGUUUCAAUGAAGGAGAACUUCUCUGUGUGUGGCGUCCGGCUCAGCAGGAAGUGAGAGCAGCUUUCCUCACAGCAGUGAGCAGCUCCGUGAUUCGCCGUGAAUCAGCCGGGGCUCCGAGUCCCGAGGAGCCGCUCUGAAUGAAAAGCCUCUGAACCGGCCGUGUGAAGUCGUAAGGAGGGCAGCGAUUACUCAGCAGCAGGCCGGGGGGGGAACCCGUUUGAUGUCACGCCAACACAGAAACCCGCCGUGUCACUUCCUGUGAAAUCUCUUGAUUGUGAGAUUUAAGCAGCAGCAGCAGCGUUAAUAGAGAUGUUAACAUGGAGCACUGCUGUGCUGCUAGCUGGUGUUAGCAGAGCAGCCGGGCUGAGGGGGAACCGGGCUCUCUGAGGCUGCGUGGGACGGGGACGCCUGGGGGCCCCUAUAGAGCAACCGCACACCAAAUAAAAUGUAAUUUACACCUCCUCCUCCAGCCGAGCGUUCUCUUCCUCCUCAUCCUCCUCCUUCCUCUCUGCGUGUGAUCCUCUCUCAUCCUCUCGGCCAUGCUCAGGAGAGGGACAUCCUGUUUCUCGGAGCUGCUCUUUAAAGCUUUGAACGGACGAGAGUCCACGUCAGAUCACCUGGGGGGGGGGGGGGGCUGCUGUGUCAGGACAGUUCUGCUUCCACACACCGGAUUACACAUGAAACAAUGACUUCCUGUCAGCUGUACACGGCUGUUAAUGUCCACACAAGGUGGACAGUGAUGCCCUUUUUAUAACAAGGGCAUCGAUAGUGAUUGUUAUACAGGAGACAACCUCCAGUUCUUUAAGAG